AUGUUGGACCCAGAUAUUUCAAAUGCUUUAGCUGCCAAAUAUAUUGCAGUUCCACUUAUGUUCCCUAUACACCAAAUAUCUGUCAAAGACUUUGCAGGUGAAGUUGGAAACCAAAGUGCUGACCCAGGUGCAAGAACAGAUAUUGCUUUAACAACUGCAAUGAAACAUGCAGAUACUAUGUUUGUACUGUUCAGACGAACUAUAAAUGACUAUUCUUGUUUCUACAACCCUGGUAUUAAAUAUCAUAUAAACAUAGAUGGCAAAUAUUAUCCAAGAGAAGAAUAUUCUACAGUUGAGGAUAUGAGGUCAUACAACUUGACAUUAGAUGCUAUGAACUUUAACAACAACUUCACAACAACCAUUAACCCUGAAAUGCAAAGUUCUAUUAUGCCAUAUGUGAAAGUAUGGACUCAUACAGGAGGUCAAAAAACUCAAUAUACAAAUGGAGACCGUUCAAACUUUUGGCUUGGCAUUCCAUUUGCUGACUCAGAAGACUUUAUGGGUGGUAUUUCAACUGUUGGUACAGUUCAAAUACAAUAUACUGGUGACAGAGACGGUCCAGAUGAAUUGAGAGCAAAGAAGUUUACAAAACCAAUAGCACUUUUCACGGAAGAUGCUCUUUUGAAGAUUC